UCCAAAGCAAAAAAGCUUCCUUCUCUUCUCCCCUUCCCAAUGGCGAAAUCCCCCCUCUUUUCGAGCGCUCAUCAAUUUAAACCAAUCCUUCUCUUCCUCUUCUAUUCGUGUGUGACAGACUGGCUUUCCCACUCCGUCGAAUUUUUCGGCCGAACCCCAAUCCUUCCGUUGCGGUGAGGCCAACAGACGGACUCUCCAAUCUGUCGACUAUCGGGAUACUCUUUGUUGGGCAUUCGUACUUUUCUCAACUUAGAGCUUGGCAGAAUGAGCGAUUCUGAGGAAGAAUCAUUUGAGGGUGAUGAUUCGGUGGGGGGUUCUUUGGAAGACUCAGCUUCAGCUAGUAGUUCGAGUGAUGAUGACUCUGGUUCGGCCUCUUCGGAGGAGGUAGGAGUUUCGAGAACGAGUAACAGAGAGGGUGGGAGUCAGAGUGCCAACAGGCUUCCCCUCCAUGUUGCCACACCUGCUAGGAUGGACAUUGAGCAUUGUCGUUCCUUGAAAAUAGUUUCUUGGAGGGACAUGUUUACUUCUUCUGAUAACCCUCCAGACGAAGGGCGGAAUCUUGGACCGAAGAUCUUUAGUGGUCUCACUUCGAGGGAUGCACUCACAUCUCAGCUCGUCGGGCUCCAUCUCCCAACGCAUUGGGAUUACGCCUGUUCCAGCGAUGGUGUUACCAUCGGCAAUUGUCCCAAGGGGUGGAUGGGUGUAUAUGUCGAGUCAGUGCAGUUCGGUAUGAUCUUUCCUUUGGCGAAUUGGCUCAAGGAGUUCAUUCACAGGACUGGAGUCACGGUCAGCCGCCUCUCACCUUCCUUUUGGGCGCAAGCAACAGCUUUCACUCUGGCGUGUGAGCUAGUUGGCACGACCCCGACGUUACGUCUCUUUUGCUAUGUUUUCACCUUCCUCCAUCUUCCGAAUUCCUUGACUUUGCUGAAGAAUCGUGCUAUUAAGGGUUUCAUUCGGAAGUCCCCCAAGCUUACCCCAUGGUGUAGAGAUUUCUUCUUUGUACGCCCUCCUCCGGAUGAGUGGGUAACUGAUGAUUCCAAGCCGCUUCCUACCGGUUGGGCAUUGGGACGUAGUCUGGAACGACCUGAGUUGACGAGCGAUGAGCAACGGAUUAUCGCUGCCAUAGGGAAGCUGCCUUCAUGGGAGUUGUGGGAUGAGCGCAUUUGCCUUGCUUUGGUGGGGGCGGUGUUUGAUAACUCAAUGGUGUCGCGCCGGAUGCUCUUUCCUGCAGUCACGGCCUCUCGAGGCACCGAAGGUGACUCCCGGCACUCUCCCGCUCCCAAAGUUUCGGCAGCAGCGGGGACAUCCCUGCACGAGGCUCCACGUGCUUCAUCUGGCGCUGCUCCUCCGACUUCAGCACCGGUGAUCUCUGAUUCUCCUCCUAGAAAUGUGUCCCCCUCUCAUCAUGGAACCAAGCGGCGAGCUUCCGAUGUUCAAGCUGAGCGAGCCACUCGUGCCCGAGUAGGGUCGAAGUCGGUUGUGAUUCCUGCCGAUGCCCGUCAGUCAAAGCAGGCUGCUGUCAGUGCGCUGCACUCUAUUGUUUCGGCACUCUCCGAUGAGGAGGAGAUAAUACCCGCUUCUGAAGUCGACGGCAGCGUCGCCGACGCCUGUCUUCUGGUAUGCCCGCUUAAUUUACUUCCUUACGCACAUUCCUUUUCAUGACAUCGUUUCUCAUAACUCUUAAAACACUUACUUGUUUCUACUUUUAUAGUUACUGGAUCGUGCAGACAAGUUGAUACUCCAACACACAGAGGAACGCGAGGCUCGGCGUAAGAUUUCUCAGACGGCCGACGCUUACAGAAAGGAGAUCGACGAGCUGAAGAAAGCUCUUGAAGCCUGCGAGACGAAACAGAAGGAUAUGGAGACGCGCCAUGCUGAGGAGGCCUCUGCUGCUCGGGACUUUCUUGAAAAUGAGAGAGAGGGCUGGCGCUUGAACCUGGAAAAUGCGGUCAAGGAGGCGAAGGCUACCGCACUUAAGCGAUGCAGGAACAUGAUCGACAAACUCUAUCGCGGCAUUCCUGCGGUGUUCAGAGAGCUCUAUCCUGAAGACAGAUGGGAGCCGGCGUUCACGAGGAAGCUGUCCGCCUUCGUCAAAACUGAAGGCAAGUCCCUUGCGUCCGAGGAUGGCACCUACGAUGCACUUGAUGUCGAUGGCGUGGCCAUAAAGGACUAUUUUCCUACUGGCAGGGAUGGGAAGCUAUUGCUCAGCUUAAGGUUAGAUUAGUAUGAUGCUGUGUUAGGUCGAUUCCAGUUUAGAGUCUACGGCUGAAAUCUAUACAAGUAUCUAAUUUACUUUCGCAAGAUCAAUGUUCUCCAUCAAGGAUAUACCUUUGGGAACGUUAAUUAAUAUGGACUACUGAUUUGUGUUUGGUUUUAAGUCGGGCUAAUUGGAUCAUGCUGCAAGUACUGUAUUGUAUUCUUUGAGACAAUUAAGCAUGC